AAUAUAAACAAUUUUACACAGGUGUAAGGUUGACACUGUACUUUCUUAAAAAUUUCUUUAAAAUGUUUCAACAAUAGACUUUUUCAAUAGUUGUUUAGAAGUUCUAUAAUUUUCGGUCUCGUUCUGAGGGUUGCUUUGGGAACCAGCGGUGAGUAGCGGAGAACCUCUGCUCGCCAAGGUACGCGUUCACGUUUAGUUCGGCUACGACGGGAUUCGCAUUGUCGACGGAGGCAAUGAUCACAAAAUCAUCUUCCAGACUCGCCGCUACGAUUUAGCGUGAUGCGUUUGGUAUCGCCUAAAGCCGUAACGUUGUGCAUCUUCGCACUCAUCUCUGUUGAAGACACGGUACUCCCGUCUCCCGUGCUUUAGACCAGUGAUGUAGACACGAAAUGCGUGAUGAAGAGGAACUAGGUAGCUCAGCACCCCAACUUCUCAACCUGGCACAACUGAGACCAGUAGCGCUUAGAAUUCACAUUUUGCCAGGCGAGGACACAGCACGAGCCUUGUUUCCCAUUCGUUGAUGACACUAAGAAGUUUGAGUUUCGUUAAGAUGCGUUCUAUCACUGACAAAGACGCACUAUAACAUGGGUUAUGUAGAAAAGGAUACGUUCAGUCCUGUUCUACGAUUUCAAUCGGCCCCAUGAGAUGUCCAGAUUUAAUUGUAGUCAAAUAUUAUUUGGAUACUUGUCGUACACAGUGGCACUGAUUAGACUUCAAGCACAAUGGCCAGGAAACCGUCGAGGAAGCUAAGUGCUAUCGCUAGAGCUUUGACAGCCGCCAACUCUGUCUCGAAACAGUAUCAUCCGUCUGGUGAGAGAGUGAUGUACCCUAGAAAUACUAGGACCCUUGCGAAGACUCCUGUGACCGGUGGUGUUCCUAUAGAAGAAGAAAUGUGCAUGGCACUGAGGAUGCUGGUGUUUGGAAGCUGCGCCAGUCCACCAAGGGCUGAAUGGGCCAGAACGGGACUCACGUUAAGACCACCAGGGCAGAACAUGUCGUUCGGAUUGAGAGCACCGAGAAAUUCAACGAGGGGUCUUGUAACAGCGGUGCAGGCCAUCAUGCUGAAGCACUUUUUAUUCAAGAGCAACAGACAAGACGGCGCAUUGACCCCAGAAGCUUCGCUCAAACCUAAUCACGACAUGCAAAUGGAGGUCUUGACUAGCGCCAUUGCUGAGAUCGUCUGGCGAUGUGCUGGUGGAAAUGUCUUGCAGAAUAGUGGAAGAUCAGCGAGUCUUAAUAUCGUGUCGAACGUUAGCGUUCCUAAGGCUGUGGUGGUUCUGCCACAGGAGACGCCAUAUUUGCAGCAUAGCGUGCAGUAUUUUCAAGAUGGACUGACGGAGACGUUACAUCUAUUUGAAUUUACCAGUCUGGAGGAUUUGCAGAUAUUUAUCAAGAGAUAUCUGUAUCUGUUUCAGGACGAGGGCGGUCCUGGUGCGAAAUUAUUAUUAUACAGUGCGGUUCUCUCCAGAGGACUUUCCAAGGUGAAGAGUGAUUUGGAAGAUCCUAAAGCGUCAAUGUUAGGCGGAUGUCCGGAGGAGGGUCCCAUAACGGUUGUCACCCUUGCAUUAACCGGAAGAGCAUCGCCCCAUCUUCACAAUGGGGUCCUUCACGUAGGCGACGAGAAUACUUAUGCAGUUCCGCAAUGGGGCGUUUUGGCAAGGAGCGAAGUUGGAUUUUUGGUGCACGAAAGCGACGGUCAAGUGGAUAAGCAGCCAGGAUCUCGAUUAAAGACACCAAGUUUACCGAUAUGGGCGACCCUGUGCUUGGGUCACUAUGGAGUCUUAUUCAAUACGAAUCGAGAACUGCUCAGGAAUUAUCACGCGGAACGCCGGUUCGAAGUGCAGUACUACACCUGCGGUGGAAGUCACGCUACGUUAACAGUGGACACCAGAGCUGGCGAUAACGCCUCGGGACUGCAAGACUCUGCUACCAGAGACUCCAUGGACAUUGCAGCGACUCCAUUAGAAAAGUUAAUUCACACAAAAUGGCAGGACGCGCAGAUCCAUUGGAACGGAACUCCCGUGCUGUGAGGAUACGAUAAAGAAGAGUGUCAAGCAAACAUAGCAAUUGUUCAUAGUACACAGUGUAUAGCCAAUGCUUGUAUACUAUACAGUACUGUAAUCUGCAUGUAUAUAUGUAUCUAGUAAGUACUAUAUAGUUAUUGUCAUAGUUUUUAUUGUACCAUAACACCAUGCAUGUAUAUGAUUGAUUAUAUACAGGCGCAUAAA